AUUCACGUGUAAAAGCCUUAAUAAGCAGACAGCUGCAAAGUCAAUUCUGAAAUUAAUACAUUCUACGUUCAAAAGAAAUUAUAUAAAAUUUAAACAUUUUUAUCGCCAUUAUCAUUCAGAUAUUAUCGAAGAUAUACAAAAUAGAAAAUUACUGUAAUUAAAAUGACUUGCUACAUGCGAUUGUUCUCUAAUACACAUAUGCUUCGGAGAGGGUUGCAUUCUUCUGUGUCAUUUAAAGGCCAUUGGAAUAAAGAUUGGAUGCCCAAUCAAUAUCCGGAAUCUGAAGAGGAACGAAAAAGAUCAGCGAAAAACUAUAAUUUACACGAAAGUGAAUAUACACCAUACAAAGAUGAUCAUGGAUAUGGAGAUUAUCCUAAAUUACCAUAUUUAGGUGUUGCUACACGAGAUCCUUUUUAUCCUUACGACAAUCCGGAACAUAGAAGAAACUUUAAUGAAACACUACACGCUGAGAUAGAUAUGCUUGGUGAAGAUCGUUAUGAUGCUGGAAUGCCUUCUCGAUUUUCUAAAGGUUACAUGCUUUGGGCAUUUGUUUCUGUUUUUGGGUUUUUAUUUGGAUCCUGUUAUUUAUCUACCUUAUAUUUGCCCAGUUAUCAACCAGUGACUGCCAAACAAUAUCCAUUGGAUGGAAAAACGCAUUAUACUUUCGAGACUCGAAAAUAACUCGUUACUUAUUAUUUUAAUAUUAUUAAUAAUUAGACCUGGUAAUUCUAAAACAUUGGCAUGAGUAAUAAUGUUAUAAUAUGUUUUCAAACAUUUUGCACUCAACGUGAGUACCUUCGUUGUGUCGUUUAAAUAUCCACGUUUAGAUAUUCUGUAGAUAUCUUCAGAUUAUCAAUAUUCUUUUGAUUGAUGCUUAUAAUCUCGUAAAAUUAUAAAAAAACUAUUAGUUAUAUAAUUGAAAAAAAGAUUAACAUGUAAGUUUCAAUAAUUAAAUAAAAAGUGUAUUGUACAGAAGAUAAAUAAAUUGUAUCUGAAAGUCCUGCGCAUAA